AUCAACUACACAUACUCCCAACCUAAGGUUCCAUCAAAUUUGCCCAACUUGUCAUUUUAAUCAUCCCACCAAAUUUACUUUAUUUUUAUAUUGGACCAUGAUUCACACUUUUUAGUUGAUUCUCAUCUAUACAUUUAACUUACUAUUCAUUUCAACAUUACAUUUCUCUCACUUUUCCAUCAAAUAUCAUUUUAUUAUAUAUUCUAUCAUGCUACUUAUAUAACAAUCCUUCAAUCAAAAUGGUGGAUGCAGUCUAUACCACUACAAAUACAAUACUAAACAUUCCACCUAAAAUGAAAGAUCAAUCCUUCAAAAACCACUCGUCAGCUGUCGUGUUCCUUAUAGAAGUACUACUAUAAAAUACUCUCUCUGAACCAAUUUAGUUGUCACAUUUCCUUAUUUGGCAAAUUCAUAUCAAUUGUCACAUUUCUUUUUUUGUCAAUCUUUUUCUUACCUAAAUACCCUUAGUUCACACACGUAAUUACAAAUAUACCCCCGUAUACCCUACUUACCCAUACUAAUUAAUUAAAUAACCCUUCACUAAUAAUCUUAAUCAUUCCCACCCUUUUUAAUACCAAUAACUGAAACCCUUACUCUCCCUCUCUCAUCUUCAUCUUCAACGUCCUCCCUCAUCUUCAUCUUCUUCAAUGAUCUUCAUCUUCAUCCUCAUUCUUACUGUUUAACUUUUAUCAUCUUCAUCUUCAUUUUUUUUUCCACCAUCUUCCUUCCCCUCUCUCUUCUCGUUUUACUGAUGUUCGUUUGAAAUCCUAAUAAUUUUAGGGGUUUUUAAGAUCUGGGUUUGUUCUUUACUUUUCUAGGUUUUUCGAACAUGGCGUCACUAAGCUCUUGUCUUUCUUGGCUGUCAUCAUCACAAGAAAGUGAUCCUACGAUUGGAACUCCUAACCCAUGGUUCGACUUCUACAAUCGCCUACCUCCGUCUCCUAUGACUUCUGUUGAAAUGGAUCCUAACUGGGGAAGAAGUAUAACUUCUAAAGAUGAAGAAAUGCAGGGUAUGUUUGAUUUACAACUAGAUGUAUACAUUGAGAACUUGUUUCCCUCCUCAGAUGAAGAAUCAAUGGAUGAUGAUGAUUUGGUGUCUGAUUUUGAUGUUCAAGGCCCAUUUUCUCUCAACGAAAGAUUUAACAUCCGCAUGCGCAUGUGGCGAGAGGGUUGCUCGUUUUCAGUUGUCAUUCAAAAAGCGUUGAAGAAAUCAAGGAAGAAUUGAAGACUUAGUUUAUUUUAUGAUUUUGAUGGUUUUUGUAAUUUAUUUGAUGUAAUUUUUUGUAAUUUAAAUUAAGUAGGUUAAUGGUUUGUUAAUUAUAACAAUCUCGGAAACGUAUUAAUGUCUAUGAAUUCUAUUGGAAAUGUGAAACCCAAUUUUCCCUCUAAAAUUCAAUUCUAUCUACUUUAUUAAGCAAAAAGAGAAAAUCAUUAAUAAUUAAUCCAAUCACUUAAAAAUACUCAACUACCACCUUUUUAAUAGACCCCACACCACCCUUAAUAACCGUGUCCAAGCAAAUGGGAAAACUAAAUUGAUUUGAAGGGAGUAUUUGUUUGACCUCACUUACUAUAUCUAGA